AUGGUCACCAAGAAGUGAGUUGCGGUCCUCGCGGAUGACGUGGUUGGCAGCUGCAAGCACUGCUGACGUUGCUUGCCUGUUCACGACGCACGCUCCCUCUCCCCGCGCAUCGCCAGCGAGCUGAAGCGACGACAGAAGCAGCGAGAAAAGGAGGCCAGCAAAGCGGCCAAGGCUGCAGCUGCGCCGGCUCAGCAGCAGCAGCAGCAGCAGGGAGGAUCCGGUAGCAAGGCGAAGAAGGAGGAAGAAGAGGAAUUGACUCCCAACCAAUUCUACGAGAGGCGUUCCAGGCAGAUUCUCGCGCUGAGACAGUCCAAGCAGCCGGAUCCUUAUCCUCACAAGUUUCACGUCUCUUCCUCCAUCGCCGACUUUAUCGAGAGGUAUGCGGACAAGACGCAAAAGGGUCAACACAUUGAGGAUGUGCAGGUCAGCUUGGCUGGUAGGAUCCACAAUAUGAGAUCGGGAAGCAGCAAGCUGCGCUUCUACGAUUUGCACGGGGAAGGCGUGCAAGUGCAGAUCACUGCUCAAAUCCAGUGCGUCGAGGCUUUGUGCAAGACUGUGCGCGCGCGCGCGCGACUGACACCCGCUCGCCGCUUUUGCAGAUACCACAAGGAGGGCGAAGAGGCCUUCUUUGCCGCUCACGAUCUGCUCAAGCGUGGAGAUAUCGUCGGAGUCAAGGGUUUCCCGGGCAAGACAAAGACUGGCGAGCUGUCCAUCUUUCCCACAGAGAUCCAACUCUUGGCGCCGAACCUGCGCAUGCUGCCCAAAGCGCCCGCAGGCUCGUCCGGUCGAGGUGGUUUCACGGACCAGGAACAGAGGUACCGCAAGCGCUAUUUGGAUCUGAUCAUGAACCCUCACGUUAGGGAUAUCUUUGUGAAGCGCGCCAAGAUCAUCAACUACGUCCGAAGGUUCUUGGACAAUUUGGGCUUCUUGGAAGUCGAGACUCCCAUGAUGAACAUGAUUGCUGGCGGUGCCACGGCCAAGCCUUUCGUGACGCACCACAACGACCUCAAGCUGGACCUGUUCAUGCGCGUUGCGCCCGAAUUGUACCUCAAGGAGCUCGUCGUUGGUGGAUUGGACAGAGUGUACGAGAUUGGUAGGGUGUUUAGAAACGAAUCCAUCGAUCAGACUCACAAUCCCGAGUUCUCCAUCUGCGAAUUUUACAUGGCCUAUGCGGACAUGCACGACAUUAUGGAUUUGACGGAAAGCAUGAUCAGCGGCUUGGUCAAGUCUGUGACGGGAGGUUACAAGAUCAAGUAUCAUCCCGAUGGCAAGGACGUGGAAGGCGGACGCGAGUUCGAGAUCGAUUUCUCUACGCCCUGGAAGAGGUUCGACAUGAUCAAGGAGCUAGAGUCUCAGCUCAACGUGACCUUUCCACCUGCCAAUGUGCUCCACACGGAGGAGAACCGCAAGUGGCUGAGCGAUCUGGCAGCCAAGCACAAUGUGGACUGCAGCGAGCCCCGCACUUCUGCGCGGCUGAUCGACAAGCUCGUGGGAGAGUUCAUCGAGGUCAAGUGCGUCAAUCCUAGCUUUAUUGUGGGACACCCGCAAGUCAUGAGCCCCCUGGCCAAGCGUCACAGAGACAUAGAGGGCUUGUGCGAGCGCUUCGAAGUCUUUGUCGCGACCAAGGAAAUUUGCAACGCUUAUACCGAGCUGUGAGUGUCGGGCGCGCGCAUUCAAAAUCCCGCCCUAGCGCACCUCCCCAUCUGACGACGUAUUCUUUCGAUCACUUUCGUUUUUUCUUUCCUCAGGAACGAUCCCUUUGAUCAGAGGGAGCGCUUCGAAGAGCAGACGAGACAAAAAGAUGCGGGCGAUGACGAAGCUCAGGGCAUCGACCACGUCUUUGUCGAUGCGCUCGAGCAUGGUCUGCCUCCGACCGGUGGCUGGGGAAUGGGAAUCGAUAGGCUGGUCAUGUUCUUGACGGACUCCAACUCCAUCAAGGAGGUCCUCGUGAGUGUCGAGCGCUUGGGUUGGUGGAGCGAGAACAAAGGUGCUGACCUUUGUGGGCGCGCUUCUUCACAGGCCUUCCCUGCGAACAAGCCUUUGCCACAGCAAGGCAGCGCGGACGUUGCCUCUGCUCAACCUGACACGGCCGAGGGUGCACCAGCAGCACAGCCGGGCAUCUAG